GUGAUCCCUUUACAUUUUAAAAAGUUAUUAGUCUGUGGUAAUGACACUAAGUUAAAGUACACAUGGUUCAGUUAAUGAUGUUAUCAAAUAAGUCACGACUUAAGAUAAGAAUAUUUGUAAAUAAUAAACAAUUCACAUUAACAAUAAACAAAAUUAACUGUUUUUCAUGUUCAUUAAUGUCAAUUAAAUUGAACAAAGUUUAGUACAUUGGCUCAACUUGAAUCAUGUAAUAAUUCAAAAACUACAUAAGAACUUUAUUUGAUAUUCAAUAAUAUGUGGCAACAGCAGGCUUUUGCAAUGGAUUCAAAAUUUAAUGCAUAUAGAGCAACAAAUCAUCCAAAUUUCCGUACCCUUUAUAUUAGAAGAAGAAGUCAGCUUUUAAGAGAAAAAUCAAAACAAGAUGGUUUAAUGCCAUUCAAUAAUUUAAGGAGGAAAUAUUUAAAAAUUAGGAGUUCAAUACUACAAAAUAAGUAUAAUGUUAACCUAGAUGGUCAAUCAAACAGCACUAGCAGCCUCAGUACUAGUAUGAUGAGUUUAAACAUGAAUGCAUCACCAUUAGAUAUAGAUAGUUCCUCACACAUUUAUUACGAUCUAACCCCAAUACCAACUUCUCAAGCUAAAGCAUCUAGAGCGUUAGUUGGUAACAAUACAAUUGAAGAAAAUUAUGCAUUUGAUAGUGUUUAUCAUAUUUAUGAUCAGCAUUCAGAUGCAGUGACUGUUCUCAAAUUUGCCAAUAAUGAUAAAUCAAAGCUUUGUUGUGCAUCAAAUGAUGGAACAUUAAGUAUAUGUGAUGUUUUAACAUCACCUCCUUCUGUAUUAGCUAUAUUAAAAUAUCAUUCAGGACCAGUAACUGGUUGUGAUUGGUCUGCAUCAGAUGAAUUUAUAGCCAGCUGUUCAACUGAUGCAACUAUAUGUUUUUGGGAUGCAAUUCAUCAUUGUUGUUUAAGAUGUGUAGAUGAUCCAUUUUUAUCAUCAGUAUUAGUUUGUGUUUUUAAUCCAGUGAAUAAUAACAUUUUAAUUACAGGCAAUAAAGCUGGAUUUGUAUGUGUAUUAAAUGUUUCAACUGGCAUGUAUCCUAAAGGUGGUAAACAUAAAAUUGGUGGUCAAAUUUUAUCAUUGGCAGUUGAUAGUAGUGGACAAAUAAUAUGGGCUGGUAAUAAUAAGGGAGAAAUUGUAUCUUUAAAAUUGAAUAGCAGUGAUGGAAGUGUAUUGACAAAAUGUCAUCGAAUUAUAGCUUCCCAGAAAUUUGGUGCAGUUACAUGUCUAAGCUGGAGGUCUUGGAUAAGUAGAGAAGCCAGGGAUCCAAUGUUAUUAGCAAAUUGCUCAAACAACAUGUUGUGCUUAUAUAAUGUUUCAGAAAAUGUAGAUGGCUUGCUGAUACUAAAAAAAAAAUUUCUAGUUUCUCAUAUGCAUAGUAAACAUUUAUUAAGGUCAACAUUUUGUCCAAUUAUGUCAUUUAGACAGGGAGCAUGUGUUGUCACAAGUAGUGAAGAUUCCUGUGUUUAUUUUGUUGAUAUAGAAAGGGAGUCUAACUACGCUGUAAAUAAACUACAAGGACAUGCUUGUGUAACUUUAGGCGUUACAUUCAAUUAUGAUGAAACUAUGUUAGCUACGAGUGACAUCCAAGGAAUAAUCAUUAUAUGGUCACGACAAUCAUAUAAACAAAAUUUUACUCAUUAACCUAUCCAUUAUUUUUAUGUUUUUGAAUAUAUGUAUUUUGUCAAUUUA